GCUAACUUUACGCGAUCUAAAGUCAGUGAGAGGUUGGCACUCGAUAAGCUAUGGCCGCUGCAGAAGAGGGUGUUCCCUAUGAAGAGAUCGACACAAAAGAGCUUAUAGGCACCGGCUUCUUUGGGAGCGUACACAAGGCCGUCUGGAGAAAUCGCGAGAUCGCAGUGAAGAGAAUCCGAGAGGGAUGUGAAGACAAGAAGAUUGAAAGGGAGAUCUACCAGCUCGCAAAGGCCAACCAUGUGAAUAUAGUUCAGCUCUACGGCACAUCAAGGCACGAGGGAUGCGCUCUGCUGCUGAUGGAGUACGUUGAUGGUGGAUCUCUGACUAGUUUUCUGCAUGCAGAAAACAAGCCAAGCUACUCGCAUGCCCACGCCUUCAACUGGGCGCAUCAGAUCGCUCAGGGCAUAGCCUAUCUGCAUGGCAUGGAGCCGAAAGCAGUCAUUCAUCGCGACAUAAAACCACUCAAUACACUGCUGUGUCAGAAGGGACUCCAACUGAAGAUCUGCGACUUUGGAACUGUUGUGGACCUAUCCCUAUCGAUGUCGUGUAAUGCGGGUACCUGCAGAUAUAAAGCUCCCGAGGUUAUACAAACCAGUAAAUUCAACGAAAAGUGUGAUGUGCACAGUUGGGCAAUUACCUUUUGGGAAAUACUGUCGCGCAAGGUGCCAUUUGGACGAUAUGAUACCCUCUUUGAACUGUACAUGGCUAUUAACGAAGGUGAACGGCCGGACUUGGGUGAUAUUAUGGCUGGCUGUCCCGAGGACAUUGUUGCUAUUUUGGCAGCUUGUUGGGACGCGGAUCCGAAGAAAAGAUAUUCUAUGAAACUGGUUUCUCACAUCAUGGAGAAAAUGCUUAGUGAGGCGGGUCCCAUUCGACCACUGGAUUUUUACUCGUAGAACUAAUGAGCCAUUCGGUAUUAAUAACAGAUAUCGUUGUGAACGUUAAACACUAUUUUAUUUUCUUGAAAACUCUCCUGAAAUAUUUACAUUGUACGGGAUAGUGUACGGAUUAUGCGGAUUGGUUGGUUGGUUGGGAUGUGGGUUAUAUGCUUUUUGGGGUGUGGAGCGCCAAAUAUUCAAUUCAAGGUUACAUCCCAGUGAACUGCAGAAUAAUUUGCGGUAAUACAUAGUUUGUUAUUUUCGUUAGAUGCGGGUAUAGGUUUAGGUAUUAGGUAUGCAUAUAGGGAAUUUAUAAAAUAUGAUCUAGGCAUAUGUUUUACAGUAUAUGGAUCACUAGCAAUACGUUUGAUAAUGUUACUUAAUCUGGUGAUGUUUUGUUUUUUUGGUUUUUAUCUAUCGAAUGUAAAUUUAAAAAAUUAAAUUUUAAAACGUUUUAAUAAAUAUAUUCAUAUGUGUUUGUAUAUAUAUUUUGCUUGCUUGUUAAAACAAAAUGAUCCUCGCUCAUGUGUUGGUUGGUUACACAAUGGAAAACUGUAACGUUUCGUAGAGUUUCGUUUUGGAGUAUAAUUGUUUCGUUAGUUAUAGGUUGCUUUCUUACUUAUUCGGUUUUGUUUUUUGUAUUAAUUGUUACAUACUUUAAACUUAUAUAUAGAACUAUAUAUAUAAACAUGCGUGUAUGUAAGCAUAGUUUAAUUAAUUCAUUUGGUUUUGGUAUAAUUGUUUACUUUAUACUCGCUAUAAUUGUUUUCGGUUCGUCUUUUUUUUCACCGCACGUUCCUGCCUACGAUUUGUUCAAUGUCUUCAUAUAUAUGGAUAUAUGGAUGUUCAAGCAUAUAUAUUCCCUUUGUAUUGUUGUAAUUUAGGUCGCAUUUAAUUUUGGUUGCAUUUGCUUCUCUUCAUUUCGGCGUUGAAUCAAAAUCUUUUCAUUAAAAACAGAAACGAACGAAACAUAAAGAUGUUCUGAUUGCGAGAUGUGAUGGACGAAUUUUGAAUGAUUUGCUGAUUAAAUAAAAACUGCAACAAUAACAUUUAAUUAUAG